UUCUUCUUCUUCUAGAGAGAGAGAGAACCAAAAAAUAAAACAAAGAGCUUUGAGCCCGGAUCUUGAUUAUGGCAAGCGGGUGGGUCAAAUCUUUACAAUGCAAGUCUAAAGCUUUCGACGAUGUUUACAAUCCGAUAAAAAACCCAAACCCGAAUCCGAACCCGAGUCCGAAACAUCUCAUGUCUAGUUACAGUUGCAGAAGAAGCACACAGAGUCUUAAAGACGUGGUCGAAACCAAGAAACCCAAACCAAAACCGAAGAAACCCAAUCCAAAACCGGAUAAACGAGAACCAGACCCGGUUCUCUCACCUUCGCCCCGGAUUCGAUCGACCGGAGCACGUGAUCGUGACCCGCUUCUUCCGACAUUGACGGAGCUCGCGGAGGGUCAUCAGUCACGUAAUGUGGUGGAGAUUAUUUUCCAGACGAGUUGGGGUCCGAAACCGUUUUCGGGUCGGGUCGAAAUGAUAUUCAAAGUUCAAAACGGGUCAAAGACUCUGACCCGGUUCGAGGAGUAUCGAGAAGCGGUAAAAGCAAGAAGCGUCGGGAAAGCGCGUGAAGAGAACGCGCGUUCUGUUGCAGACGGGAACGAGACGAUGAGGUUUUACUGUUUGGGUCCGAGUCACGGCGGAGGUGGCGGCGCGUGGGGCUUAUUAGGUGGUAAAGGCGGUGGCGCGUCGAUUUAUACGUUCGCCGGAAGUAGUACGGCGAAUGAGAAAGCUGGCGGUGGGAAAGGGAGGAAGGCGAUGUUGGUUUGUCGGGUCAUAGCGGGUCGGGUCACGAAGCAAAGGGAGUUAAGGUAUGACUCGGAUGUGAGAUCACGGUUUGACUCAGUGAGUGGUGACGACGGCGAGUUGCUCGUGUUUGAUACACGUGCGGUGUUGCCUUGUUUUCUCAUAAUCUACCGAUUGUAAAAAUUUCAAAACCUAUUUUUAUUUUUCUAACUUUUUUGACAUUGUAAUUUCAUUUAUCAACGCAA